UCCCAGAAAACAAACAACCAACCAACAAAACUUCAUUUUCUCUUUCCAGUGCAUGAUCCCUUUUUAAUAGCAAAAAAGAAAGGGAGGCAGCACUGUCAGGCUGCUCAGAGGAUACUUUUCCUCCCUUUGUGCUGCUUUUCGCUGCUCUCUGAGCCUCUCUGUUUCCCAGGCUAUUUAAUAAAGCCGGCUCUGUGCCGCCAGCGCUGGGCUGGACCUUUUCCCCGGAGCCCAACCCAUCCCCAAACAUGCAAAACUCAUCCGGAAACCUCCUGCCAACUUCACCUUCUCAAAGUCACCUUGCCCCGAACCUUCACAUCCACGCUCCCGGCUGGCUCAACAAUCAUUAAUCGGCUUCUCCGCGUUCCAAGGGAUGGAAAAAUGCCCCAGCGGGUAACGCCGCCCUGGCAAUGCGACAUGCAGCUGGCCGGCAAGCUGGUCCUCUCCGCCGCCGCUCUGCUCCUCCUGACAUGGGCCUUCAGGUUUUAUAAGUCCCGCUCGCUCGCCGGGGGUAAAAUCCCGCUGGGUGACGCGGGAGGAGAGAAAAGGGAGAACGGAGCUUGGGAUGGGGAUGGGGACGGGGCGGCGGGGCUGAGGAGGAGGAGGUUUGGGGAGGGGGUGAGGAGGGGAGGUGGGGAUGGGGACGGGAGCAGCGCUGGCAUGCGGCAUGUGGAUGCCCAGGGGGAGCGGAGAGGUGAGGAAGAGGAGGGUGAGGAGGUGGUUUGGGAACCGGGGCUGGCGUGGAGGAGACAAGGGAUGGAUGGGAGGGGAGGCGAGUUGGGAACUAAGUCAGGAAGAGGAACGGGAAUUGAGAUGGGGAGCAAGCUGAGAAGUGAUCCGGGAAAUGAGCUGGGAACUGAGUCAGGAAGCAAACUGGGAAGUAAGUCAGGAAGAGAGCCAGGAAUUGAGCUGGGAAGUGAUCCAGGAAAUGAGCUGGGAAUCAAGCUGGGAAACGACCUGGGAAGCAAACUGGGAAGUGAUUUGGGAAGCGAUUUGGGAAGCAAACUGGGAAGUGAGUCAGGAAGAGAGCCAGGAAUUGGGCUGGGAAGUGAGCUGGGAAAUGAGCCAGGAAUCAAGCUGGGAAACAAUCUGGGAAGCACACUGGGAAGUGAGUUGGGAAGCAAACUGGGAAGUAAGUCAGGAAGGGAGCCAGGAAUUGAGCUGAGAAGCAAUCAAGGAAGUGAGUCAGAAAGAAAGUUGAGAAGUGAACCAGGAAGGGAGCCAGGAAUUACAUCUGGAAGCAAACCAGAAACAAAGCCAGGAACUGAGCUGGGAAGUGAGCUGACAAGCGAGCCAGGAAGCAAAGCAGGAACUGAGCUGGGAAGUGAGCUGAGGUCUUACAUCCCUGGGGAUGCAGCCAAAGCCCUGAGCAGCCGCAGGGACAAGGACACACUCGCCCCAUGCACCAGGCUGUCCCCCGGGGCUGCCGACGGCCUGAUGGCAGCUGAUGGACAUGCCCAAAGCACCGAGCAGCAUUCGGCCAGCAGAGCCAUUAAACGGGAGGCCAAGGGGCUCAGGGGGACAACCCAGACCCUUAGUGUCACCUCGGACCUGGGGCUAAUGAUGACAGUGAGCAACGUGGUGGCAGAUGCCUCCUACUCUUUCUCCUCGGUGUCAAAGAUCCAGGUGGAGGAGAACUACAUCAGCGAGCAGCAGGUGAAGGACGGGGCCGAGCAGACAGUCCCUGGUCUCAAAGGCAAAGUCUAUGACUACUACGUCCAGUCCAUCUCCCAAACGGUGUUGAAGAAGAGGUCUGUCCCCUACAUCCCCCUGGGAACAUCCCGGCGACGCAGCUCGGAGCAGGUCAAUGAGGAGCUACAGAGCUUUGCAACCAAGGAGCCUGACCCAGUUUUGUCAAUGUGGGAUCCCACCACCCCCUCCAUAGUUCCACCACCUAUGAGGAGCUUGAAGAUGUCCCCUGAGCCACCAUCUCCUGGCCGCAGGGACAGCAUCCUCCACAUCGCCGACAGUCCCCACCUCCAGCUGCCCAUGAGGGGUUUUGGGGGCAUGGAGCCACCCAACACGCCACCUGCAAGCCCCCGGCUAGGGCUGGUGGCUAGUGCCGACCUCUUCCAAAUGCCACCAACCACCCACCUGGACCUGGGCAACUGCUAUGAGGUCCUGCGCACAGCCAAGGCACAGAAGCUCAGCCACCUCCAGGAGGCCGCCUACAAGGUGAUGAGUGACAACUACCUGCAGGUGCUGAGGACACCGUCCAUCUACGGUCGCCUCAAUGCCAGCGAGCGGGAGCUCAUCCUGCGGCGGAGGAUGAAGGGGAAGAUGGCCAUGGCCGUGGCAGAUGUCAGUGUGCAGGAGCCCGGCCUCCAUACCAGCCGCCUGUGCUACUACGAUGACAGAGGGGACCGCUGGUGUCACCUUUGCCAUGUGCCACCAGAGGUGGUCUCCAGGGGUUGUGCCGUGUGCAGCAUGUUCAACUACCUGUUUGUGGUGGCUGGUUGCGAGGGCACAGGCCGGGCGCAAAGACCCUCCAAGCGUGUUUUCUGCUAUGACCCCCUGACCAACAUCUGGAGGGAGAUCUGUCCCCUGAACCAAGCGCGGCCUCGCUGCAAGCUGGUGGCCCUGGAUGGCCACCUCUACGCCAUUGGCGGCGAGUGCCUCUACACGGUGGAGCGCUACGACCCCCGCCAGGACCGCUGGACCUUCACGGCCCCCCUGCCCCAUGACACCUUCGCCGUGGCCCACAUGGCCACAGUGUGCGAUGGGGAGAUCUACGUGACGGGGGGCACCUUGCACUACGUGCUGCUGCAUUACGCCGCCCGCUCGGACAGCUGGAGCGUCAGCCCGGCCUGCGGCGGCAAGGACAGGACGGUUGACAUGGUGAGCGUCAAUGGCUUCAUCUACCGCUUUGACAUCCACCGCAGCAGGGGCAUCCGUGUCUACCGGUGCAGCGCCAAGGCCAAGCUGUGGUACGAGUGCGCAGCCUACGCCAUGCCUGACCCAGGUGGCUUCCAGUGCGCCGUGGUGGGCAACCUGGUCCACUGCAUUGGCCAGCACUUCCACGUACGCUUGUUGGCCGACCACAUCUCACCACGCUUUGGGACCAAGGAGCUGCAGCCCUUCCCAUCGCCCCGCGGCAGCCUCCUCCCGGCCAUCCUGGUGCUACCGGAGGGAGGGAUGGUGCAAACGCAGGUUUGAAGGGUCUGUGCUGGGGUCUCAUGCAACAGAGGUGGUGGCUUAGAUGUGACAUGAUGGUGAAAGCUGGUAGAAGAAGUCACCAACCCACAUUGAGCCAUGUAGCAUGGGAGCAACACUACCAGGACAAUGCUACCCAUAUCUACCAUUGAGCAGGCAUCCUCCUAGUCCCUGUAAGUAAGGAAGGAGACAAACUGCCCUUGAAUAGCAAAAAUAAACUGAGACUUCAAGACACAAGGAAGAGCAAAGCAGGAGCUGGGUGGACUCGUUUGCUUAGAGGUAUUUAAACAUGGGUGUGCUUGCUCAGGUGCAAACAAACUGCGGCUCCCAGCUGUACGCGGCCUGAUAAAUUCCUGCUUUACACACAGGGCGUUUAAUAUUGACCUGAAUAUACAAUAAAUGGGGAGUUUUCAGGUGGAGGUUGGAUCCCUGAGGAGGUAUCACCCAAAGCUCAACCCCAAUGGCAUCAAGCCAACGUUGAGCAUUCAAGGCUUGACUGCACGCAUCACCCCAGGGAUCAAGGUUGGGGGCCACAGGGUGUCAGAACCUUAUCUGUUACCUUAGCCUCAGCACAGAAUAAUUUAUGCAUAUUUAUAGGCAUGUGAAUGUAAAUAGGCACCGUAGAUUUAUAGACAGCUGGUCUUAAAUGAAAUUAAAGGGAACAUUUGGUAAAA